AUGGGAGAUUCAGUACCUCUAAAACUAGCACUGCCAGAGCUGAAGUAUCCUAUUGGUUCACAGCCAAAAGAAAAGUCAGCAAUCAACCAAUACUCUGGUUCAGAUUAUAUCUCUAUUGUCAAAAGCAUCCUAAAACCAGAUGAGAUGAUAAGAGUCCGAGGAUCAUUUCUGGGACCUGUAAUGAAGCUCAGUGAGAGAGGAUUGAAGUUAUCAGCAAAGAUAGUCUACGCCAUUCUCACUAGAAGCAUCGUUUCUGUCAAGGAGAAUGAAGGCUGGUUCCAUUUCGGUGCGCAGCCAAUGAGGUUCUCUAUAAGAGAAUUUCAUAUGAUGACAGGCUUGAAAUGUAGUGGUGCAUUAGAAGGACCACGAAGGGAAACCGAGAGAUUUAAUUGGGAAUUGCUAAAGGGGCGUAGUCAUAAGUUAAGUGACGUGGUGGACCAGCUCAGAAACACAAGAGAAGAUGCUUCUGAGGAGAGAAUAUGCCUCGCAAUGCUCAUCCUGGUAGAGAGCAUAUUAUUGCGGAAGAGCAAAGGAGGGAGUUUUCCUUUGGAAUAUGCGAAAAAUGCACAGGAUAUGACAUAUCCAUGGGGAAAAGAGGCUUACAUUGUGCUCCUGAAGUCAAUUCAAAACGCUGUCGCGAAUCAUUUGGAGAAUAAAUCCAAAUUUGAGUUGCAAGGUUAUCCUCUAGUAUUCCUUCUUUGGAUACUAGAGUCGAUUCCUUUGCUAAGGAAUAAGUUCAGUAAGUGUGUACCAACAGUUGAGGUUCCUGGGCCGACUUACUUGUGUGAAAAAUACACUGAGAUAGAGAAUCCAUCACUUGAUAGGGUUUUACAGGUUGAAGCUGAUACAAAGCUGAAGGUCCAUUACAAAUAUAGUGACGAGUUGGAAACAGUGAAAGAUGUAACAAAGAAAGGGUACAAGAUUACAGCCGAUGACUGGGAAAAUAGGUGUGUAGACACAUUUGACACAUUGGAUGCUCUUAUUCAAAUGAUGGCAAAUAAGGAGACUGGCCAAGCUUCUACUCCGAUUGAUGAGGAUUCAGUAAAUGAAAAAGUGAACAGGAUCAUCACGGUAAUGGAGGAGAAUCUGAAGAGCAUGAAGGAUCGAAUGUCAUUACUGGAAGAAGAAAACAUACAUCUUAGAGCUCGUGUGUCAGAGUUGGAAGGAAACAGCAAUGUUUUUCCCACUAACGUGACACAAAAGCGAUCCAGUGGGACACCUUUAUCUCCAAUGUCUCACACGCAACCAUCGAGUGAGACACCUUUAUCUCCAAUGUCUCAACAGCCUAAUUUGACACAUGAGGAGACAAUGAUUGAAUCAGCUGCAUCUCCAAAGUCUCAACAAAAUGAGGAUUACACGCAAUCAUCGAGUGAGACGCCUUUAUCUCCAAUGUCUCAACAGCCUAAUUUGACAAAUGAGGACACAAUGAAUGAAUCAGAUGAUGAAACUCCUGCCCUUGAUACUCAAGUAUUCUCUCCUAAUCUGACAAAAGAGAAAGAAACAGAAACGUCUACCGGUGAGAGGCCAUCCAAUCCUAAUCAAGAUGGAAAACCAGAUGAUGAGAUUGUGAGAGAGAAAUUAACAAGUGAGUCACCUGCUAGUCAGAGUCAAGUUUUGCAGAAAGAAACAGUAGAAAUGAAUGAGACACCUUCUUCUCCAAUAGCUCCAAAGAGUAUUGAAACUCCCGUUUAUACUCCAAGUCAGACUCAGCAGAUUGAGAGAGAGCCAUCGGAUGACACGCCUGCCCUUGAUACUCAAGUUUUUACUCCUAAUCUGACAAAAGAGAGGGAAACACAAACCUCUACUGAUGAAACGCCACCCAAAACUAAUCAAGGAGAAGGAAAACCAGAUGAUGAGAUUGUGAUUGAGUCACCUGCUGCUCAGACUCAAGUUUUGCAAAAAGAAACACUGGAAAUGAAUGAGACACCUUCUUCUCCAAUAUCUCCAAAGAGUAUUGAGGCUCAAGUUUUUACUCCAAUUCAGAAACAGCAGACGGUAACAGAGGAAACGUAUGAGGCUACACAGCCAUUGACUGAGAUCAUUUCAGCAAACAAUAAAAAGGAGGAUACACAUGCUGUGCAUUACAGACCCUCCUCUCCAUUGUCUUCACUAAUUGCACUAGUUAUUGAAGAAAAUAAGAAUGCUUUGAGUGAGACAGAAACUGCGACCCAAUAUUUUUCUACAAGUGAAGGAGAGCAUUCACAAUCAAGCAGAAAGAAUCAAGCGGAAGAAUAUCUCAAGGAUACUACAGAACCUACUACUGAGCUAGUUUCCACAGAUGUUUCGAAGACACAGCCUCUUACUCCGCAAACACAGCACCUUCAGACAAGUGAGGGAGAUCAAUCCGAUGAGACACCAUCAGAGCAGAAUCAAGCAGAAGAAAAUCUCAAGGAUACUACAGAACCUACUACUGAGCUAGUUUCCACAUAUGUUUCGAAGAUGCCGCCUAUUACUCAGCAAACAGAGCAUCUUCAGACAAGUGCUAUAGAUUUUUCAGAAAAAAACGAGGUUGAAGUAAGCAGGCUUCUAGCUCACUUUCAAAUAGGCGCAGAGGUUGAAAUUUUGUCUACUGAUGACGAAAUAUGGUAUCCAGGAAAGGUUGUUGAUCUUAAACUGUGUGAAGGACUAGAGGAGCUGACAGUUGAGUACACGACACUCUUCACAGACCAACAUAGACUUCAGAAACUUCAGGAUACUAUCACGGCUGACAAAAUACGUCCUGCAACACCAACUAGUGACCAAAAAUCCUUUGAGAUGAUGGAUAAGGUAGAAGCCUUCUACAACAAUGGCUGGAGCAGCGGACAAAUUAGCAUGGUACUUGGUGAUAACACAUACUCGGUGUGUCUCUAUACUUCUAUGGAAACUAUUCUAUUCAAACAUUCAGAUUUGCGAAUUCAUAGAGAAUGGAAAGAUGGAGUCUGGAAGAUGGCAGAUAAGGUGAAGCCUGAUAAGAAAAGGAAAGCUGCUGCCUCAUCACAAAAUUCAGGAAUGGAUAAUGUUUUCCUAAGAAGGAGCGAGAGGGUGCCUAAACGAUCUAGAGACACAAAAACUCCAUUCAAGUCUGACAGAAAUCCGGCUUUAACUGUAAUACCUGAGAUUAUACCUGCAGUUGAUCCGUUUUCAACUCCUGCGGAACAUAAGCUUUCAAGGCUUCAAAAUUGGAUGACAUUAAAGCCCGGCAUGCAUGAAACGUCCCUAUCAAUCAAUGAUAAUAAGAUAAGGAAAUCUUUCUUUCAAAGCAUGGAAAAUGCAAAAAAGGACCUUAAGAAAGAGCACAUUGAUGGAGCCUUUGCAAUGCUAAAUUGCAGAAGAAAUGAGAAUGCUGCUUGGUUCCACAACUACAAGAUUCCAAAGGCGUGCUUCCUACCUAUGGAGUUCUUGCAUUGCUUGCUCUCUGAUGAUUUGGCUUACAAGAAAGAAAAGGUCAAAGGUAAAAAGAUUUUCAACGAUUUAUUUAAAGAUACUGUGAGAGGGAAGGUAUAUCCAGAGAAGACAUGGGGAGAAGAUGUUGAUGUUGUGUAUGGGAUUACUCUUGGAAAAAAAAGCAAUGUCUGGAUUGGGAUGGAAAUUCAUUUGAAGAAGAAAAGAAUCACAGUAUAUGAUUGUUUUCAAAAGGAAAGCAACAGCAUUGAUAUUCCUCAAGUGAAAAAGUUGGCAGUGUUGAUUUCUAAUCUGCUGGUGGAAUCUUCUGGUGAUGAGGUAGAUAAGGUGAAGAUGAUUCCAUUUGAGAUUGAGCAGGCACAAGGUUUACCCAAGACAAAACAUCCUUUCAACUGUGGGAUAUUUCUUGUCAAGAUUCUGGAGUGCCAGUCAUUGAAGAUAGGAGACAUGACAAAGAUUAAUGAUGACAAUGCAUUGGAGCUAAGGAGAACCUUGUCUUGUGAGAUCUUCAACCAAUUUGUGGAUGAGAGCUUUGGGAAAUGAGAAUGAUGCAUGAAAACAUUUUUUGUUUUAGUUAAGACUCGGUUUUAGUUAUGACUGUUUAUUUUGUUAUGUUGUUGGCGUCUGGUUACAUAAGAAAGAUUGGAAGGAUAUCAAGUAUUUUAUUUGGGUAUCAUAUAUCUUGGAAGGUUAAAAUAUUGUUUCUGGAUGGGUUUCCAGAAAAAAAGUUAAGUGUUUCAAAUGUAAAAAAGAAUGAAAUGAGAUUAUAUACUAAGGAUUGGACAUGUA